UCCGUUAUUUGAUGUUUGAAUUCACGCUUGGUCGAUGCUUCCGCCGUCUCUUUCCCAUUCCUCUUCCCGGCGCUCCUCAGCCAUGGUCAAGCACGGAAACAGCAGACAUAAGAAGCCGGAUAAUCUCGGCAAGGGGAAGGUCACUCCUGUCCAGAUCGCCUUCAUCGUUGACCGCUACCUCGCCGCUAACCGCUUCGACGCCACCCUCGCCGCCUUCCGCUCCGAGGCCUCCGACCUCUUCGCCAGAACCAAGGCAAAAGAGGUGCCCAAGGGACUGCUAGGGCUAGGCGAGAUUCUGGACGAGUAUAUCAGCCUCAAGGAGCAGCGAUUGGUUAUGGAUCAGGAACAGCGGAGGGUCGAGAUGGCGCUGCAGGGGAUGCAGGAGGUUCUGCGGGCAUAUCAUGCCGCUGGGGCGGCGUCUCUUCCUCCAUCGAUUCAUCUUCCUACCCAGCUCAUGGCAGCCCCUGUGACGCCUAUCCUUCCCACAUUGCACCCCAGCACUUCUGGAUCUUCUACAGGUAAUGCGAUUAAUGAAACACCUGCUAUGAAAUACACACAACCAUUCACUGGGCUUGCUCAGAAAUCAAAUUCAAUGCCCAAUUCUUCCAAUGUGAACAAGAGAAAGGCAAUGAAGUCUUUGCCAAAUCAUCCUUCAGAACCAAAGAAAUCGCGGAUCAAUUCAUCUAAUUUUCCAUCUACUGUUGGAGAUGCUGCAUUGGUCUCCAAAGGUGCUUUCAUUCCAGAAACUCAAGAACAAAUAGGGAUAUCCACUCCCAAUGCUGUAUCUACUGAUUUGGCGACAGCUUUUAUUCCAACACAAUUGUUGUCUGUGGUAAAGAGUUCUUGUAAGCAAUCACCUGACUGCCAGACCAAUUCUUCCCCCAGAACACCUCCACAAGCAUUCCAGUCUCCAGUUGAAAGUUCUGGUUCUCCUUUGGAAAAUGCUUCUAUGCAAACCAGUGAUUGUGCCAUGCAUAAGCCAACUGCACCAUCCAAUUGCUCUAUAUUAGCAUCCAAAUCUAUCAUAGUCAGCCCCCUCAAGAACACUGAGUAUUAUGCAGUUGAGAGGAGCUACCACAUUACUUCACCUUAUAAACUCAAUCCAAAAAGCAAGAGAGGACAUAUAAAGGGGAAAUUGGAUUUUGAUAAUCCCUUUUUCACCACAGGUGUUCAUGAACCAGUUGCAGAUACUUCUAAAUCUUCAAGUGAUAAUGAACCCACUGAAAAUUUAGACAUUGAUCUUCCAGACUUGGACAUCUUCAAUGUUGAUUUCUCUUUUUCUGAAUUUUUAGCUGAAAUUGAUCUGGACUGUGAAGUUGAUCCUUCAUUACAGUCACACUCUUCACAUGUUUCUUCAAUUCCAAGCUCACUCCCAUCUGUUUCUGACAAGGAAAUGGACACUCAAGGCCAAGAUUAUGUUGCCUCUGUAAAAGCUGUAACAAAGUUUGUCAAAAUUCUAUGCCCAGUUAAACCCAACAGUUCUAAGAAGCAAACAUAUUCACCUGGAAAAGAAUAGAUGGUUGCCGGUCACAACUAAUUUGCUUGCUUGAUGUAGAUGGAACUAAGGAUGCUUCUACUGUGUAACAAAUUCUUUUCAGUUCUGCCACUCUCUAAGCUACUUGGCAGCAUGUAUGUACUUACAUAAUUGGUUCACUCUUCCUCUCCUAGGGUAACAGGGGUUUAAUGUUUUUAUUCUGUAUUAACCUUCCUACUCCAUGGAGGAGCCAUAGAUUGAAUCAGAGUGCUCCUAUACUAGCUAACUUUGUUCGAAUUCCAUGAUGUGUCACCUUAAUCUAGUCUAAACUAUCCUUU